AUGCUGAAACGAUCUAGAUGCGAUACGCAUGGAGACUUUCCACCCCCCAAGCGUAUCCGCAAUGAGAUCCGUUCGCCUGACCGCCUCUCGUCUUUGAGUGACGAACUGCUACUCCACAUUCUGUCUUUCCUCCCAAUACCAACGUUAAACACUUGCCAAAGGUUAUCACGCCGGUUCUAUGCCCUGGCAGCCGACUCGGAACUUUGGAAGAGGCAAUAUUACUCGCGAUGGGUAUGGCCGCGUGCGCGUCGGCUACCAAAUGCGAGGCGCUCAAGUCUGUCUCGGCGAAAAUUUGUGUAUUCGCCGAAAGUAUCGACGUGGCUAGGUCACAGCCAUCUGGCCGAGGGUGAAAAUGUUACAAAUUGGAAGAGACAAUAUCGUCUUAGGCAUAACUGGUCGAAAGGAGUAUGUCGGGUAACCGAAGUUGAAUUGCCCCAGGCAUCUGUUUCUCCGUUUCUCGCGAAGCUCUGCGCUGGGAUCCUCUUUACGGCGGACUCUCGGUACGGGCUUCGUGCUUGGAUUGCUAAAAAUCCGACUUCCUGUGUGGCGAAUAUUCCCUUCAGUGGGCCUGAUAAGACUCCAUGUGCUGCCCCAACAGCUCUGACAGCUGCAGAAUCUCAACAUCGCACUACGAUCGAGGUUACAGUGGGAUUUCAAGACGGGCGCUUCAGCGUCUAUGAUUUCGACCAUAGAACCUCGCUCCUAUGUUUGCGUUCAUCUCAUGACGGAUCCACCGAGGGGUCAGUUAUUGCCAUGGCCUCGUCAUCCCCGUAUCUCUUAAUGGUUUCACAAAAUAAUGUGCUUUCAUUAUACGAGAUGCCGGUUACACCUGAAGGUGCAAAUAAAAAUGAGCAGGCUGCGGAGCCGCGUCUAUUGAUGUCGCUCAGGGCGGAUAGUAUUGUAGCGCCCAUGUCAUUGGCGAUCCGCAUUUCGGCAUCAGAGAUAAUUUCAUCGAUAGUCUACAGCUUCUUCCAUCUUGGAUGUGGAUGGUCUUUGGGAAUCCAGGAAUUGCGUCUUAAUCGAGACGGUCAACAGAUAGGCUCCCGGCUUGCAACUACCGUGGACUCUCAGUACGGCAUGAGACAUAUGCGAACUGUCCUCCCGUCGGUGGAGCUUUCUGGGGUUCAAAAUCGUGUGGCCAGCGAGCUUUCGGUGGCACCAGCAGAACCAUCUAUACUGCAUCAACAACCCCCCACAUCGAUGUCUUAUUCUCAUCCUUAUCUCUUGACUUCCCAUGCAGACAAUACUCUAACGAUGUACAUUGUUGUCUCUACAUCGGAAAGUCUUUUUGUCAAAAGUGGUGAGCGACUUUGGGGCCACACAUCGUCCGUUUCCGCAGUGCAUGUGAGUGAUCGUGGCAAGGCUGUCUCAGUUGGCUCGUUUGGCGAUGAAAUCAGAAUCUGGGAGCUCGAGUCAGCUCUGUCUUCCUCUGGGAGACGCAAUGCAUUGCGGGGUGAAAAUAGUAUUCAAAUCACGCCAGAAAACAAGCGACAUCGGAAAUCCGGUGAUCUUGACAUGCUUUCUCAUACUGUCGGUCAUGCUGCCCAGGUUGCGUCUGGGGAUACGCCAAAUAAGAUGGGCAUGCUGCGCGGCUGUGUUGGGUUUGAUGACGAGCGAGUACUGUUGUUUCGAGAAAAGGGCUUGGGAACACCGUGGCUCGAAUGUUAUGACUUCACGUAG